GGCUAAGUCCUAGCAAGAAAAAUAGGGCAGGAUUCGGGAUGCGGGUGAUGGGAGGUGUCAGUGGCCAAGGGAGAUCACUCUGAGAAAGCGAUACUGAGUCGCUUAUAAACCUAAGUAAAAUCUGGGGAGCCACUGCUGGGGAGAAACUACACCUGUGGGUGGUGGAGCAGCCCCUCCCCCGCGAGGUUAACGAGCGCGGAGGUUAGGAUUCUCCGCGGCGCUCGGCCGGCUGCCCGCCCCUCGCCGCCCCUCACCGCCCCCGGCUCGCUCGCUCUCUCAGCGCUGUCCCUCCCGGGGAGCGAGGGCGCGCGUGCGUGCGUGCGUGUGUGUGUGUGUGUGUGUGUGUGUGUGUGUGUGUGGAGGGGGGUGUCCAUCACCUCCCCGGGCCCCCCCUCCCACCUCGGCUGAGCGCGCCCACCCCCUCCCCAGGAGGAACGCCGAGCAGCGGCCGCCUGCGGAGAAACGUAAAGUUUCUGUGGCUCAAAGUGACGCAAAAAUUCUUCAAGAGCUCUUUGGCGGCGGAUAUCUAGAGAUCAGACCAUGUGAGGGGCCGAGAGUACAAAUACGGCCGCGCGGGCGCCGGCGCCGGCACAGGCAGCGGCGCCCGGUGCCUCGAGGGCGCGAGGGUCGCCCGCGUCGGAAGCCCGGAACCAGCCUCGCGGACUCCCGGCAGAGCUCGCCACCCCACUGAUAAAAAGCGCUAAGGACAGGCACAGAACCGAGCUUCAGAAUUCGGGUCAGUCCACGGCACAUGUGUGUCAGCGUCCAUUCGGCAGAAUGGAGACCACGCCCUUAAAUUCCCAGAGGGAGCUGUCAGCUUAUAAGGAUGGAGACGACUGUCAAGAAAAUGGUGUUCUGCGGAAGGGCCUCCCUGCUCCUGGGGACAAGGCCGAGUCCAGCCACAUCUCCAAUGGGUACUCAGCAGUUCCGAGCCCGGGCGCAGGGGACGACACUCAGAACUCCAUCCCGGCUGCCACCACCGCCCUAGUGGCUGAGGUUCAUCCGGGGGAACGGGAGACCUGGGGCAAGAAGGUGGAUUUCCUUCUCUCGGUCAUCGGCUACGCUGUGGACCUGGGCAACGUCUGGCGCUUUCCCUACAUCUGUUACCAGAACGGAGGGGGGGCAUUCCUUCUCCCCUACACAAUCAUGGCCAUUUUCGGGGGGAUCCCACUCUUCUACAUGGAGCUCGCGCUGGGCCAGUACCACCGAAAUGGAUGCAUUUCGAUAUGGAGGAAAAUCUGCCCAAUUUUCAAAGGGAUCGGCUUCGCCAUCUGCGUCAUCGCCUUCUACAUCGCCUCCUACUACAACACCAUCAUGGCCUGGGCCCUCUACUACCUCAUCUCCUCUUUCACGGACCAGCUGCCCUGGACCAGCUGCAAGAACUCCUGGAACACCGGCAACUGCACCAACUACUUCUCCGAGGACAACGUCACCUGGAUGCUCCACUCAACGUCCCCUGCAGAAGAAUUUUACACACGCCACGUCCUGCAGAUCCACCGGUCUAAGGGACUCCAGGACCUGGGGGGCAUCAGCUGGCAGCUUGCCCUCUGCAUCAUGCUGAUCUUCACCAUUAUCUACUUUAGCAUCUGGAAAGGUGUCAAAACAUCUGGCAAGGUGGUUUGGGUGACAGCCACUUUCCCCUACAUCAUCCUUUCGAUUCUGCUGGUAAGGGGGGCCACGCUCCCCGGGGCCUGGAGGGGAGUUCUCUUCUACUUGAAACCCAACUGGCAGAAACUCCUGGAGACAGGGGUGUGGGUGGAUGCGGCUGCUCAGAUCUUCUUCUCUCUUGGGCCUGGCUUUGGAGUCCUGCUGGCUUUUGCUAGCUACAACAAAUUCAACAACAACUGUUACCAAGACGCCUUGGUGACCAGUGUGGUGAACUGCAUGACGAGCUUCGUUUCAGGAUUUGUCAUCUUCACCGUGCUCGGGUAUAUGGCUGAGAUGAGGAACGAAGAUGUGUCUGAGGUGGCCAAAGAUGCAGGCCCCAGCCUCCUCUUCAUCACCUACGCAGAGGCCAUCGCCAACAUGCCCGCGUCCACCUUCUUUGCCAUCAUCUUCUUCCUGAUGUUGAUCACCCUGGGCUUAGACAGCACAUUCGCAGGCUUGGAGGGGGUGAUCACCGCUGUGCUGGAUGAGUUUCCACACUUCUGGUCCAAGCGCCGGGAGUGGCUUGCGCUCGGCGUGGUCAUCACCUGCUUCUUGGGAUCUCUGAUCACCCUGACUUUCGGAGGGGCCUAUGUGGUGAAGCUGCUGGAGGAGUUUGCCACGGGACCUGCAGUGCUCACCGUUGCCCUGAUAGAGGCAGUUGCUGUGUUUUGGUUCUACGGCAUCACUCAGUUCUGCAGUGAUGUGAAGGAAAUGCUUGGCUUCAGCCCUGGAUGGUUUUGGAGGAUCUGCUGGGUAGCUAUCAGCCCUCUGUUUCUCGUGUUCAUCAUCUGCAGUUUUUUGAUGAGUCCGCCACAGCUAUGGCUUUUCCAAUAUAAUUAUCCUCAGUGGAGUAUCAUCCUGGGCUACUGCAUAGGAACCUCAUCUUUCAUUUGCAUCCCCACGUACAUAACUUACCGGCUGAUCAUCACUCCGGGGACACUUAAGGAGCGUAUCGUUAAAGGAAUCACUCCAGAAACACCGACGGAAAUUCCCUGUGGGGACAUCCGCUUGAAUGCUGUGUAAAACAUGACGGAGAGAAAAGUGGCUUCCUAACACCCUCUCGCUCCAAUUCUGACAAGUCACACGUCGCCUUCUCCCUCCAAGUGAACGCAUGUCUGGCUAAGCCUACUGAUGGAAGGGCCUUCUUCCCAGAGACACCGUCCCCCAAAGACUAUGGUGCCCAGACGCUUACGGCCUCCAGCCAUUUCUUUCUGUGAAGUCUCCCGGGCCCGUUCCCGUGUUAGACUCUGGCACAGAGGAAGUGGCCUCUUUGGGAUGCGCGAGGGUGGGUGUAUGGCGGCGAUGAAACCCACCAUAUCAUCAGUUAGGAUUAGGUUUAGGGUCAAGUCUGUGACCCGUCUCUCUUGUAUCAUUUCUUACUAUGAACAUUGGUGUCUGCCAUCUGUUUGCUAAAGGUUUCACUGUUCAUGAAUGCAUAAACCAUGCGGGAGAAAACAGGGAUGCUAGCCAUAUAUUUUCUGAGUAGCAUAGAAUUCUAUAGCUGAAAUCUACUAGAACCCCGUAACCCGUGUGCCACUGUGGAGUCAGGCGAGGAAGCUGUAAGAAGCUAAGCUGAACAAUAACGUGUCUAUGUGAGCAUGCGUGUCUGUGUGUACUGUUGUUCCAGUGUCCCCUUAUCUCUAUUCUAAUGCGUUGGGCUCAUUACAAACGAUAUGAAUUUCCUCCAGGUUUUCUUACAUUAACACAUUCCACCUACGGAAAUUUGUAUGUAUGCUGUUAUUUGAAGGGUGUGUUUACUGCAUCGUGCUCUGUCUCCCCCUCCUUUUCCAGUGACUCUACUUGAGCCCACACACCUUCCUUUAUGGGCCAGCCUUUCAUCAGUGCACUCCACUGCCCUCUUCCUGUUUCUCUCGGCCAAACAUUCAGGACAACGUUCCACAGGCAAAUCUGGCCUAUUUCAUUAGUCACUGUGGCUUGGCUGUGAAGGGCUUUGGAGAUGAAGAUUGACAGGUGCAUCGUCAGUGUUCAGCUGGUUAUCCGGGUUAAGCUCUGUCUGUGGCAAAGGACUGACCAUUAAGGUUACUUUGCUUUGUGAAGAAAAGAUAAAUCCAGUUUUCACAGGGUUUGUGGAUCUGGUGCCCUGACUGAAACCAAAGUCAUCAAGUAAUUGGAGAGUCUGAGUUAGCUUGACUGGACUUCUCCCAAUCCCUUGAGCCUUCCUUGUUGGCUACCAGGCUCACUUGUGAGCCCUCCAGUUUUCAAGAUGGAGUCUAAAUAAGACCGAAUGGAAAAGGGGCAGUUAAGUGAAUGACCUUUUAUACUACAUAAAGCCCUUAAUACAGAUCAAAUACAUUUGAUCUUGAGAGGCGUGGCGGUCUCAGAUGCAUAGGUGGAGAAGCACAUUUUACCUUGUAGUGUGAGGUUUCCUUACCAAAAUCGUAAAUGGAAUAAAGCCUACUCGAUGAGAAAAGGACUCAGUCAUCUAGCCCUGUAUCACAUCAGUCCUCUAUAUAAACCUAAUUUAAUCCUAACAGCCUUAUAGAAAGGAGAUCUCUAUAGCAGAGGACUAGCUUUAUCCAGGUAUAAUCUUCCUCCCUUGGCUUCCUUUCCCCAACAAUAUUCCCCAGUCAUCUUCCUGUAGUCCCCCGGUAUCCUAUUUCUGACUCUUUGCUUUUCCCAGCAGGCUAUUUUCCUUUUAGAUGUUAGCUGCUGAGAAGUUUCCCAAAAUAUUAGAGGAAAAGAAGAGGGAGAUUUAAAAAUGACUCUUCCUGACCUACCUUCAUUGUUGUCACUCUUUCAUUCCUUCUUGCCACCUUAUGUCCAUUCUCUUUGCUUGCUAAUCUGCCGAAAGGAGAGAGGCAACAUAUUUGGUAGUAAAGAGCUUUGCACAUUUUAAGAACUUGCUUUAUAAAGAUAAUCAGAUACGGAUUCUCCCCAUCCCACACACUUAUGCAUUUUUCCAAAGAUGUCAUUUUUUAAAAGGCACUUUUUCAAACAAUUAGUUUUGCCAAGCCAGGUGUUAUAUAGGUGUUGCAAAAAGUUUUCAAAUGUCACUAGACUUUAAAAAAAAUCCGAAAUCUCUAUUCUGCAAACUUGACUCCCCUAUUUAGCAAUACUACUAUGGAUUCUUGGUUUUUUUUUUAAGGGAAGCUUAAUAGUUGGUAGAUGGACUUUAAUCUUUUAAAGACCUUUUACAUCUAAUGUAGCAUUUACAUAAAAGUAAAAAAUAAAAAUGAAUUGUAAAGUUA